AUGGUUCGCAUCAACAACUUGGCUCUUUUUGCUCUAAGCGCGUCCGCAUUGGCGGCGUCAAUUCAUCAUGACCGCCGUGGAGUCAACAUCCUCGCCGGGCCCGACGUUCUCAGCCGAGCCGAGGCUUUGGUGGAACUGGACAGGCGCCAGAAUGAGGCACCAGAUAGCCCCGCUGUCCAGAAGCUCAAAGACAAGCGAAAGGCCAUCUCACCCGAGCUUGACCAGGCCAGGCAAGAUAUGAAGGCCGCCGAGAAAGCCGCCGACGACGCCAUUCCCCAGGACCUUAAGCAGAAGGAGGAGGAUGCCUUCGCGAAGUUCAAGACCAUCCGCCAGGGUCUCCCAGAGGAUAAGAAAAAGCAGCUUAAGGAGAAUGGAAAGGCCUUAGCGGCAGCCAGGAAGGCGGCCACUGCCCCGUCUGGCCCAGUCGUUAGCCCUACCCCUUCUGCUCCCCUUAAGUUCUAA